AUGAGCACCACCUCUUCCACCCUCAAUGCUUCGGCGAAGCUCAACAAGCCAGCCCGCUUCUCUGUCCCGAUCUCCGCCUCCGACCUGCCGAAAGGCUUUGUCGUCUCAUCCACCUACGCCGGGAUCAAAGCGGCCAUCUCGCCCAAACCCACUUCUUCCUCCGGACCGUCAAAUCCGAAUCCCAAGCCGGACCUCGCCUUGAUCGUGUCGACCGUCCCUGCGGUGGCAGCGGGAACGUUUACGCGAAACGUCUUCAAAGCUGCACCCGUCGUCGUUUCGAACCAGACGAUUCUCGAUGGUGCCAAGGUGCAGAGUGUGCUGGUCAACUCGGGGUGUGCCAACGCGGUGACGGGUACGCAGGGGAUGGCGGAUGCGCAAUCGUGUGUGGAGCUGGUGCAAAAGCAUCUGGCACCGCAUCCUGGGUUGGGUCAGAGUUCGGGGGAUCGAGGCACGCUUCUCCUCUCAACAGGCGUGAUCGGUGUUCCGCUUCCGAUGCCGACGAUCAAGCGGUGCAUCCCGCAUUUGAGCAACGGGAUGAUCCUGCGUAGCGAUCCGGAGUCCUGGCGUGAAGUAGCGAGGGCGUUCAUGACGACGGAUACUUUCCCGAAACUGCGCGCUCGCACCUUCACGCUCGGUGGGCAAGAGGUGAGGAUGGUGGGCAUAGAUAAGGGGGCGGGAAUGAUUCAUCCCGCCAUGACGGGACCUACUCCCCAGGCGGGGUUGCACGCAACGAUGCUCGGUUUGAUCGCUACCGACGCUGCGGUGGAUCCUAAAGCUCUGCAGACCGCGCUCAACCGGGCGGUAGCAAGGAGCUUCAACUGCAUCUCGGUCGACGGAGACAUGUCCACCAAUGAUACGAUCCUCCUUCUCGCCAACGGUCAAGCACCCUCCGCCACACUCAUCGAUGAAUCCUCCCCCCAUUUCGAGGCGUUCGUCUCCGAACUCACCUCCUUCUGUCAGGACCUUUCCAAGCUCAUCGUGCGCGAUGGCGAAGGAGCCGAAAAAUUCGUCGAGAUCACGUGCACCAAUGCGCCCAGCUACGAAGUCGCACACGGCCUCCUGAGCCGGCUGGUGACGAGCAUGCUGUUCAAAUGCGCGAUUCAUGGCGAGGACGCUAACUGGGGUCGCAUCCUCGCAUCUGUCGGCGGAGCAGAUCCGACCUUGACCAAGGGGGUAGAUCCGAGUAAGGUCAGCGUGAGCUUUGUCAACCCGGAUAAGGAGGAGCAAGUGGUGGUGUUGCGAGAUGGAAACCCGGUCAAGGUGGAUGAGGAGGUGGUAGGGGCGUUGCUGAAGAAGGAGGAUGUCAAGGUGGUGAUUGAUCUGGGGGUGGGUGGGGAGGAGUGCACGUACUGGACGUGCGAUUUGAGCAGGGAGUAUAUCGAGAUCAAUGCGGAUUACCGCUCGUAG